CAGGGACAAGGAAAGAGGAUUGGAGAUAAAUAAUAUGACUUGCAUCUGUUUCGCACUGUAUAAACAUCUACCUCAAAUUUCUUCUUCUCUUCCUCCAUAAAACUCCAGUGGAAAAUGGCAGCAGAAAAUCACUCCACAGUGACUGAGUUCAUCCUCGUUGGACUGACAAAAAAGCCAGAACUCCAGCUCCCCCUCUUUCUUUUCUUCCUAGGAGUCUAUGUGGUCACAGUCGUGGGGAAUCUGGGCAUGAUCACACUGAUUGGGCUCAGUUCUCACCUGCACACCCCCAUGUACUAUUUCCUCAGCAGUUUGUCCUUCAUUGAUCUCUGCUAUUCCACUGUCAUUACCCCCAAAAUGCUGGUAAACUUUGUGACAGAGAAGAACACCAUCUCCUACCCUGAAUGCAUGACUCAACUUUAUUUCUUCCUUAUUUUUAUUAUAUCAGAAUGUCAUAUGCUGGCUGUGAUGGCAUAUGAUCGCUAUGUUGCCAUCUGUAAUCCAUUGCUUUACAAUGUCACCAUGUCUUAUCAGGUCUGCUUCCGGUUGGUAGUUGCAGUACAUAUGAUAGGUUUGAUUGGUGCCACAGCUCACACAGGUUGCAUGCUAAGAGUGGUUUUCUGCAAAGCUGAAACAAUCAACCAUUACUUCUGUGAUGUUUUUCCACUACUGGAGCUCUCUUGCUCCAGUACUUAUAUCAAUGAAGUGGUGGUUUUGUGCUUCAGUUUAUUUAAUUGUUUUGUACCAACCUUGACCAUCCUUGGCUCCUAUGUCUCUAUCAUUGCCAGCAUCCUGAGAAUCCGCUCCACUGAGGGAAGGUCCAAAGCCUUUAGCACAUGCAGCUCCCACAUCUUGGCUGUUACAAUCUUCUAUGGUUCUGCAGCAUUCAUGUACCUGCAGCCAUCAAAUGUGGGCUCCAUGGACCAAGGGAAAGUGUCCUCUGUGUUUUACACCAUUAUUGUGCCAAUGCUGAACCCUUUGAUCUACAGCCUGAGAAAUAAGGAUGUCAAAGUUGCUCUAAAUAAAAUCAUUGAGAAAAGACUAUUUUGCAUUAGCAAAGAUUUAUAAUUCUUGGAGAACAUUCAGUAAGGCAGUAGUCCUGAGACAGCAACAUAUAUACACAAUUUGUGAGAUUAUUUCUAACACUUGAUUUUUUGGAAGAAAAACCCCAGAGAUAAGACUGGAUUCACAGUGUCAUACAGAAGACAGUCACAUGGAGGGAAGUAUCAAUUCUAGGCCUUCAUGUGGGAAGAUGAUAAUUUAUAUUACAUGGAAUUUGACAAUUUGUUAGAUAAGACUUACCUAUCAUAACUCAUAGAAUGAUCUGCUUGGUCUUAUCCUUCGAUAGUAAUGCUUUUUGUGUUUGGCCUUUGUUUACUAAUAAGUGUUCCAAUAAACUCUUCUGGAAAAAAAGUUACCUCUAAAUUAUUUUUAAUCAUUUCAAAUCUGCAAAAUUCAAUCCCUACUAGUUACUGAGUGCAGAGAGCUGUAUUAAGGAAUAUGGGGCCAGAUGAUAGAUGAUAAGAGGUAGUUCCUGCCAACAAGAUGAUAACACUAUGGUGGAAGAAAUUGGUAGAAUUAUCAUGGUUGAAUGUAUUAUGUGUAUUUUUACUUAAAUCUUUAUGCAACUUUCUUUUCUUCACAGGUUUAGUACUGUGCUACCAACUCUUUUUUCCUAAUAUCCUAUAUUCAUUUUUCCCUAUUUCUAGAGGUCUUUCUUUUCA